AUGAUGGAGCACAAAUCCUCUGGGACUUUUCCAAAAGGUUGGUAAUGUACCAUCUUUCUUUUGAUUCUCUUCAACAUAAAGAUUCAAACUAAUAACAGUGAAAUUUUAUUUGAUUUUCCAAUGCAAAUCUCUGUGUUUGGUCUGAUUGGUGUUAAUAUACAUGUAACAGUGUGAACUCUUUAAAUUUUAGCUUUGAUAGACCUGAAAACAAGAAUGUGAACCAGCAAAUUUUAGCUAGAGUACAGAGCACAGAUGGUGUCACCCCAGUUAGCACAAUAAAAGGUAAUGCUUGUUUUUGUUGUUUUCCUCUUCUGGAGCUUUAUCAAUUAAUUGAUACAGUUCCAUUCUUAAUUUAGUUGAUUGUUUAGUUUGAUUACCAUAAAAAGGAAAAAACCUUCCCCUUCAGUGCAGGAGCAGACCCUUUUUUCACUCUGGUUUUGUUGCUCUAUUCUCUGCUGGUGAAAUGAGAGCCGUAAAAAGUAUCUGCUCCAGUAGGCUACCCCUCUCCAAUUCUUCAAUACUUUAUUUACUUAAUUAUGUAAUAUGCAUGUGUGUUUGUUAAUCUAACAAGCAAAAUAUCUAAGUACUGUAGCCUCUCUCUACUACUACUCUUUCAACAACACUGAAUUUCUGUUUUAGCUGCCAUGAGAGUCCACUUUCGAACAAAGCAGAGGCAGCACCAAAACUUAAGAGAUGACAGUCGGGCUGCCUUGAAACAACAGAGAGUCCAAAGCCGCCUUAACACGGUACAUUAUAUUCUAAAGUGCAUGCAGUUUUGUUUUUUUUAAUUUCCGAUCUCCAGAGCAGUUAGAUUACAAUAGAACCCUGACACUUGCUAGAGCUCUGGUGGGUACUCAGUAGUACUCUGUCUAUAACUAUUUCCUGUAUUGCUAUGUUUGUUGCACCAGUUCAACUACUUUAAAUCUUUGUUCAAGCUUAGCUUAAAUGAUAACAAACAGGACCAUGAUGGUAGUACGCUUUGUUGUAUGCAACUGUAA